AUGGCAAGCCUCUUACGUCGACUCCUCUCGACCACUCCACCCGAAAUCGCCAAUGCCACAAUCAGAAGGAUGAACCUCAACUCCGCAGACCUGCCCAAAAUUUUCCUGCCGCCCGUCAACCGGUCCAUGCAGACGCUGGACAAGUCGUUCUUCCGCAAAGUCGUGCCUCUGGCCGCCGCCACGAUCCCGGAUGUCCGACAGAUCACGGCCAUUAGAAGGGAACUCGAAAAGUCGCAGGACUUGCUCCGAGUCAGUCCGAUUAAGCCGUUGCGUGAUGACGACUCGGUCGGCCAGGGAGCGAAGUGUCUUCUGCUCAGGCCUGGGAUUGACGCCAACGAGCCGAAAACAUGGUCACAGACUAUCUCGAGGCUGGUGGAAGAACGACUGGCCAGCUUGCGACCUUACGAUUUGACACUCACAUAUGACGACUGGACUAUGCAUAAUAUUCUCGAGGCAGUUCUGCCUGAGAUCCCUGAGGAAGAAAAGGAAACCCCUGCAGGUUUUGCUCAGGUUGGUCACGUCGCUCACGUGAACCUGCGCGAGGCAUAUCUGCCUUACAAAUACAUCAUUGGGCAGAUCUUGGUGGACAAGAAUCCCAACAUCACCACCGUCAUCAACAAGACGUUCGAUGUUGGUACCGAAUCCGUCUUUCGAACAUUUCCAUAUGAAGUCAUUGCUGGGUCAGACGACCUCGAUGUUACCGUCCACGAGUCUGGUUGCGAGUUCAAGUUCAACUUUGGGAAAGUGUACUGGAACUCUCGACUAGGUACUGAACAUUCCCGGCUCUUUGAGCAGUUCAAGGAGGGUGAGGCUGUCUGUGACGUUAUGGCCGGUGUUGGGCCAUUUGCUGUGCCGGCAGGUAAACGCAAGGUCUUUGUCAGGGCGAACGAUCUCAAUCCCGACUCGUACCAAAGCCUCGAAGACGCCAUCAAGUCUAACAAGGUCGGCGACUUCGUGUCAGCGUCCUGCGAGGACGGCAGGGCUUUCAUCCGCACCGCAACCAGAGACUUACAGCACUCUCCACGAGAAGCACGACUGCCCUCCAAGGUGAAGAUUUCGCGGAAAUUAACCAAAGAAGAGAUGCAAGCACGUCGCAAAGAGGCUGAUGCCGCAGCAAAAGUUCUCAAAGAACCGAAUGCGUUCGCUCACUAUGUCAUGAAUCUGCCGGCCAGCGCCAUUGAGUUUUUAGAUGCAUUUCGCGGCCUCUAUCACGGUCGAGAGGCCGAAUUCAAACCACACACCUCGAGAGGUUUGCCAUUGAUUCACCUGUACUUGUUUCAGACGAAAUUUGCCUCUGAAGAAGAAGAGAUCCAAGAGAUCUGUGAAAGAAUAUCGCAGCAUAUCGGAGCUCCGGUGAAGCUCGAUGAUCCAGAGCUGGAUAUGCAGGUUCGGUUUGUCCGACUUGUUGCGCCGAAGAAGAAAAUGUUUUGCGCGAGCUUUCGCAUACCGGCCAGCGUUGCGUUCGCGCAGCCUUGA